AUGGCACUGCAAAUAGAAAAAGAAUCUGCCUCGAGCGCUUCAUUUUUCGAUUUUAAUAAAGAAAAACAUCCAUUUAUUGUUCAAAAAUAUGGAGGAACUAGUGUAGGAAAAUUUUUGGAACCUAUUGCAAAUAUUGUAAAAUCGUAUCUAGACACAAAACGAGUUGUAAUUGUAUGUUCUGCUCGAAGUGGGGAGACGAAGUCCAAAGGAACUACAAAUAGAUUAUUAAGCGCCGCAGAAGAUGUUCGAGAUUCCACAUCCAAAAAACACAUUGACAUAGUCCACGAAAUCUGUAAAGAUCACAUAGAUGCAGCAAAAGGGUAUAUUCGUGACCCGGAAAUUCUUGCAGAUUUGGAAAAAGAGUUGCGUCACGAUUGUAAAAAACUUCAAAACUUUUUGGAAGCCGCACAAAUUAUUGGGGAAAUCUCACCGAAAUCCAAAGAUAACAUUGUCGGUGUUGGCGAAAAAUUAUCAUGUCGUAUCGUGACUGCCGUCUUGAAGGAUAAGGGUAUUGACGCGAAAUUUGUCAACCUGGAUAACAUUGUCGAAAAAGAGUUUAAUUCUAAUAACCUCGAUCAAGGCUUUUACGACUAUCUAUCGAAUCGUCUCUCACGGGAAGUAAUCAAUUGUGGAAACAGUGUCCCAGUAUUGACAGGAUUUUUUGGCACUGUCCCAGGCAGCUUACUAAGCAAUAUCGGACGUGGAUACACCGAUCUUUGUGCUGCUCUUGUAGCAGUUGGAUUAAAUGCCGAAGAACUUCAAAUAUGGAAAGAAGUCGAUGGUAUAUUCACCGCAGAUCCACGUAAAGUCCCACAAGCGCGUCUUUUACCAAUUAUCACACCUGAAGAAGCAGCCGAAUUAACGUAUUACGGAUCUGAGGUGAUACAUCCAUUUACUAUGAAACAAGCAAUACGCGCAAAAAUCCCGAUUCGUAUUAAAAACGUGAAAAAUUCACAAGGACAUGGAACCAUAAUUUUUCCCAAUAUAGAAAUCAUCAAUGGCAAAAAAAAUAAUGGUGACAUUAAUAAUGACAAUGCCAUUGUAACAUUACCCAAAAAUGGACAUACUACAACUUCGCCUAUUCCUCGAUUAUUGUUCGAAAAUGGGUAUUAUUACGACAUGACACGGCGGCAGCCAACCGCUGUCACCAUUAAAGACAACAUCAUCAUCCUCAAUAUACACUCGCAUAGUAAAGUGGCGAGUUAUGGCUUUCUUGCGAAUGUAUUUGUUACGUUGGAUAGGUAUGGGAUUGUGGUGGACUUGAUUUCGACAAGUGAAGUUCAUGUGUCGAUGGCGCUUGGCGUUGAAGUAAGCGAGCGCGAUUUACAGAAUGCUAUAGGAGAGUUGCGAAAGUUUGGAAGUGUUUCCAUGCAAAAGAAUCAAGCGAUCUUGAGCUUAGUCGGAAAACAAAUGAAAAACAUGGUCGGUAUUGCCGCUAAAAUGUUUACCACGUUGUCAGCUGCCAGCAUCAACAUUGAGAUGAUAUCGCAGGGUGCAUCCGAGAUCAAUAUCUCGUGCGUUAUUGAUGAACAGGAUGCUACAAAAGCAUUGAAUGUUAUUCAUCAGGAACUUUUGACUACUUCUCCCCUUAUUAAUAUAGGAAGUGGACCCUGGUUCUAUUGA